AUGGCAUUGAGGGUUUGCAGUUGGGAACUUGCGCUGAGAAUGCCAUGUCUUCCUGGUGUGACAGCCUCUGGGAGCCUCCUCUUCAACAUCAACAGCACUGCAGCACCUCCGGAUGGGAGACUAGCAGGACCGGCGCCCUCAUCAGGCAGCGAGCAGAGCAAAUGCAUCGCCUGGGCCUAUGGUCCAGACAAGGCGAAGAAAAAUGGGAGGGCGGUGGCAAAUGCGGCAGGGCGCCUGAUGUUGGUGGUGGGGACCGCGGCUGGCAAUGUGCGAGCCUUCUCAGCAGCAACUGCCAAGGAGCUCUGGGCGGCUAAUGGCUGCAACGAGGGGGGGGUGACAUCACUGGCGUUUGAGGCUGAUGCCGGCGCCGCGGGGCUGCUCUACAGCGUGGGCAGCAACAACCACGUGUGCGCGCUGGACGUAGCCUCUGGAGCGCAGGUCGUCAAGUUCAAGGCUGGCAGCCACCCGCUCUCCUGUGUCGGGGCAGCCCCAGAUUGCCAGUCAGUGCUGGUGGGCAGCAGCUCUCUGGCGCUGUGGAAUGUGGCGGAGCAGAAGCGCGUGGCCAAGUUCAUGGGACACUCGCUGCCGGUGCGCGCAAUCGCUUUCAGCCCGAGCGGGAGCCACGCUCUUUCGGCGUCUGAGGGCGAGCGGCAGGUCGCACUCUGGGCCCUUCCUACCAUCGCUGCCACAACGUCGAAGAAGAGCCGGCCCAGUGUUGGGCUACUGUCACUGGAGGAGCCUGCGGUGCAGCUCGCCACAUCAGCAGCCUCCAGCGACAGCGCAGCAGAUGGGGCGUCAUCUUUCCAGGUGGCGGCAGUGAGCACGGCAGGCAGAGCGUAUGUGUGGUCCUGCAGCACGGCAGAGGAGGGCGACCGCGUCAGCAGCAGCCUCAGCGUGCGCGUCAGCGUGGAAGCUUCAACCUCUGAGACGGUGCACAACCAGGGCGAGGGUGGUAUCUUGGCAGCACAGUUUGAGUCGCCGGACACGCUUCUUCUGGCGAGGGGUUCUGUGGCAAAGCCUGUCUUUGAGCGGGUGCAGCUGCUGAAGGACAGCACCACCACCAAACAAAUACAACUGGAAAGGAUCCUGGACGGGGUGUUGAUACAAGCGAGUGGGAGGGGCGGCGAGGCGUCCACAUCUGGGAAGGGCGCGGCGGCGGCGGCAAAGGGCCGCGUUGCGUAUGUGGGGGCUGAGCCUACCGAUGCAGAGUUGCUGAUGUCGAGAGUGGCCGAGGACGGCGCUGCACGACAGAGCAGGAAAAGGAGAGCGGAAGGGGAUGAAGCAGGAGCGGUGGUCAGCGAGCUGCCUGCAGAGAAUGGGCCGGUGUCAGAUGGGCCCACCCUUGGACAGAGACUGGAAGCACUGCAAGUGCGAUCACAGCAGGAGCGGAUGGAUGUGGACGGUGGGGCGGGGGCGCUGCAGGCAGGGCCGUUGAAGGCCGAUUCGGUGGCUGUGCUGCUGGGGCAGGCGCUUCAGGCACAGGACAAGGCGCUGCUCGAAAAGUGCCUGAACACGGGGAACGAGGCGGUGAUAGGCGCGAGCGUUCGGCGGCUGCGGCCGCAUCACGCGGCGGCGCUGCUGGAGGCGGCGGUGGAGCGGCUGCGUUCGCGCGCCAACCGCGGCACCGCGCUUACGGCCUGGAUCCGCGCCGUGCUGCUGCACCACACCGCCUACCUCAUGGCCGCGCCCGGCGUGCUCCCCAUCCUCACCUCCCUCUCCCAGACCAUCGAGGCGCGGACGGCGCAGCUGAAGCCGCUGGCAGCGCUGGCUGGCCGCCUGGACCUGCUUGUCGCGCACCUGCCCAAGCCCGACGCUGCCGCCAGUGCCGACGACCUCGAGCUCCCCGGUCCUGAGGUGGUGUAUGUGGAGGAGGAUGAGCUUGAGGCGGAGAACCCCCUUGCAGCAGUUCCAGACUCCGAUGCAGAAGGAUCUGACGAUGAAGAUGAGUCAGAGGAAGAGGAUGCUGGGGAGGAGGAUGGUGAUAUUGACAUGGAUGACCUUGAUGACACUGAUUGACGCGGGUGCAUGACAAGUACAGAUGUUUUGAGAUUACUAUAGUAGUUAGAUCCACAGUUGGGACCCGGCUCCAUUAGGAUAAUAUUGUAGGCUUACCGUGAUUUGCCUGCUGGGGAUUGAAGCACAACCGCCAGUGUAUACAACUGCCAGUGUAUGCAGCAUGCAAAUAAAUGGGAGUUGCAUGCAAUGUUGAGUGCAAAUAUUGCAAUACUUAC